GUUAUUGUUGGUAAAGUAGGGAGUUAUUUUUCUAUUUUUAUUUCUUUUCUGUGAUACCGUAAAGUUGGUAGCAACGCGUGUGGACAGUUUGGCAUUUUGUGAUGAACAGGAAAAGCGAUCGCAUCAAUUAAUGUUGAGAAAGUGAAGUCUUCCGUUUGGCAAGGCCGAGAAAUGCAGAAAAGGCCCAGAAUAGACUGUAUGCGUCUCUUCAAAUUUGGUUAAGAGAUGAAAAUAAAAAAUGAUGGAAUGCAAAUAAAAACAUUAGAACAUAUGUGAUGUGAGAGAUAAUUUAGUGGAAAUAUUAUGAAUGCAACGUGCUGGGAGCUAGAUCCGUGUUUUGUUUAGGGGUUUACAUUGGGCUAGGACAUGGUAUUAGUGUUGUAGUGACUAGUGCAGCAUGAAAGAAGGUACAGGUAGGGGUAUGUGAUACAAGUGCGAAAUGAUCAAAGAGAAGCACGAGAAAGGCUCGGAGACUGUAAAAGAGGAGGCCAGCAGCUCUGAUAAAGAGUCUGCUAGUGGAGAUGUCCGUGUUAAAAAAGAGGAAGAUGCACCCGGUAUCAAAAAAGAACCAGAUACUGGACCCAUCACUAAAAACGGCACCAUCAUCGGUUCCACAAACACUGGUUCAUUGCAAAGUGCCCCAAAUAGAGGAAAAUCAGAUGAGGACUCAGUUAAUGUGCCUGCUUCAGAUACUGGAUCUCUGCCACUUAAGACGGAGGAGUGUGUAGAUGGUGAUCUGGGUGGUGAUUCCUUUCCUCUGGGGCUCAGCGGAAGCGGGGCACCGCCUGAGGGUGUCCAGCCACUUGCCAGCAAUGUUAUCAGCAAACAACAAAGUUCCAUGGAAGUCCACUACAUGCAACAACAGAGUCAGAUCUUUGUCUUCUCCACAAUGCUUGCAAACUCUGGCGCUGAUGAGGUCAUGCAGGGCCGCUAUCCCUCAAUCAUUGCUUAUCACUGUGCACAACCCGGCACUAAAAAAUAUCUCGAAAAGAACCCCCUCAAGGUAACCCAGUUCAAUAGGCAAAGUCCGGCACAGUGGCUAAACAAUUUUAACAUGAUGAAGAACAAAGGAUGCACUAGGAGUCCCGGACUCGGCCCCAAAUCGGCGCCGUCCCUAGAGAACUUUCUCGGGCCGGAGGGCCUCGACGACAUCGGUCUCAGCGAUGGUGACCUGGCCUGGGACCAGAAAAACAACCAUCCACUCGAAGGACUCGAAGCAGUGAGUAACGGCCCGCCAGUCACCGGUCCCGGUCCUGGUUUCCCUAGCCCACAUUCAAAUGUUCAACCCACAUUACAGGGUGUCAAAGUGCCUGACGAAAAUUUAACGCCGCAACAGAGACAACACCGCGAAGAGUCGCUGGCCACCAUCAGGAAGAUGCAGCAGCUAUUCUUCCCUGAGAGCCAGUCCAUCGAUGGUGCACCCCAAGGUCAACCCCCAACUGGUCCCCCGGACCCCAAUGCCAUGCCCAACAUGCCACCGAAUCAUCCCAACCAACAACCACCCAUGCAGUCCCAGCAGGUAGAGUGGCAGAAGAUGCAGUCGCAGUACUACGACGACAAGAAGAAACCCCCGUGCGGCGGCCAGGUCCCCAUAGGACCCGUGAGCGGCGGCGGAACGGGGGGCGGCGGCGGCGGUGGCGCAGGCGGCGGCCCCAACAUGCCGGUACCGCCGGCCGGUGCGCCGGGCGGCACAGCCAACGCCGUGCCCACGGCGCCUCGCGGCGUCCCCGGCGCGACGGGUCCGCGUCUGCAGGGUCCGCCGCCCCCGUACCACCAGACGCCCCGCUCGGCCAGCGUGCCCAUUGCGUUGCAGAGCAGUCCCAGUCCGGCGUCGCCCAACAAUCCCACCUCGAACCUGUCGCUGCCCUCGCCCAGGGCCUCGUCGGCUCUGAACUCGCCCGCGGACCCGAACCGACAGUUCGGACUGACGAGGCACAUGAGCACCGGCCAGAGUCCCACGUCGCAGGACUCGCCCUCGGCACCGAGACUUAACCACAGCAAUCCGGGCACGCCGCUGUCCUCGCACAUGAGCCCGAGCGUGACCAGCACCAGCACCGAGCCCACGUCGACCCACCAAUCGUCAGUGGACGGCAUGUUUGGUAGAACGUUGCAAUCGAUGGCGCAGCAGAAGCAGCAGAUGAGCACGUCGACGACGACGUGCUCGACGACGCCCUCGACCGGAUCGCAGAUCAAGGAGCCGAAUCUGAUGCCGGUGCCGUCGCCGCAACAGAUCCAGUACCUCAACACGUUCGAGGGACAGGAACUGAUCAUACAGAAACAGCCCAACACGAGCCUGAAAGAAGGAAACAUCAUAUCACCACCGGUGCUAGCAACAACGAUGGACAGCGGUUUCCCCGGCUCGACGCCGGAUCUCUCACACAACCGGGUGUCAGGUCCUAACACGCCUACGUCAAUAGAUGUGCCCAGGUUCCCGCCGACGCCCGGUGUGCCGCCGGAGGGGUGCAGAUUCUCCAAUCCCAGCCCCCACACUCCCACUACAGGUGACAAGCCGCGUAUGAGCGGACCAGGACAGACGAGCACCCCCGGCCUCAGUCCGCAGACGGUGCCUGGGCCGAACUCCGACCCGCUCAAGAAUGAUCUCUUCCCGACGCCGAGCCCGCACAUGAUGGACGUGCAACGGUUUCCAGGUCCGAACGCCUCGCCAGGUGCUAAAAUAGGAGGGGCCGGAUUUGUGAACGUAUCGCCGCAAGGCAAGCCCAGCCCGAUGGAUCUCCCGAACUACGGUUGUGCCCGGGGCGACAACGUGCCCUUGAAUCCUAACUGCACCAGCACCAUGUCCGGGAAUCCUAAGGUCUCUCAGUUCGAUCCUAUAUCGUCGUUGACGCAGAUGAGCCAGCAGCUGACGAACAGCGUGGCCAGCUCGCUGAACGGCCAGGGCAACCAGGGCCCCGCCAUGAUGAACUUCGGCUCGCCGUCGAUGCACAUGAUGGACAUGGGCGGCUGCCACGGCAUGGGCGACAUGGACCAGGGACCGGGCAACAUGGGCGGCAUGCCGAUGCAGGGCCCGCCGCACGGUUUCCACCCGAACUCGCCGAUGGGGCCGAUGUGCUCACUCUCGCCAAAACUGCCAGGUGCCUUUCCCAAUCAUAUGCCUAUGCCCAGGAUGAUGGGUCGACCGCCCGGUCCGAAUCCGUACAACGGGGCGAACGUGCAGGUGAAGCCGAACGCCCCGAACACCAUCCAGUACUUGCCAGCGAAGCCCCAAGUGGGACAGGCGCCGGGUCCGCGGGGCCCGCCCAGUCUCGACUUCUUGACGCGCCUCGCCACCCCGAUGAACAUGAUGGACAACAAAAUGCCCAACCAGAACAUGCAGUACUUCCCGAACUGCGGUCCGAACAACGGCCCGAUGCAAGGCGGCCCAAUGCCGCCGCACAUGGGCCACAUGGACGGUCCGAUGCCGCAGGACGGGCCGAUGGGCGGCAUGGGCAUGGGCCCGAUGGGCGGACACAUGGGCAACGGCGCCGGUCCCAUGAUGGGCGGCAACAUGGGCAUGCCGGGCGGCAUGAUGCCGAUGAUGCGGGGCCCUAUGCGGCCACCGAUGAUGCGACUGUCACAGAUGGGCUACAACGGACCCGGACCGGCCGGCGGGCCGGAACAGAUGUUCAAUCCGGGCCCGCCCAUGGGCAACCCGAACGCACAGAUGUUCGUCAGCGGGCCGAAAGGCAGCCCGAUGGGCAUGGGCGCGCCCGACGCCAGCCAACCCCUGCCGCCGUCUAUGGGACAGAACAAUAGCUUUAAGAACUCGCCGUUCGUCGGACCCACAACAGCCGACCCGAACUACGCCCAACAGUUCCAUAACUUCCAGCAGCAACUGUAUGCAACAAGUACUCGCAGUCAGAUGGGAGGCCAAGCGAUGGGUCCUGGUCCCGGACCGGGGCCGCCACACAUGCAACAGCCUCCCUACUUCAAUCCCAAAUAGCAAAUGUGGUGCUGAGUGCGUGAAUCAGAGUAUUUUCUUUUAUUUUUGAUAUUACUACUAAUGAGUAAUCUGGCAAUAAUAAGAAUGUAAGAAUGAUUUUGUAUAUUACAAGUUUAUUGUAACGCAUCGAAUUCAAGUGCAGUUAAAGGUAAGGAUGCAGUCGCAGCACAGGCUGUUGCUAUCUAACUCUAUAUAUGUAUGUACAAAGAUGCCUGAAAGCAACUGUCCUUUAUGGCCGGCCCCGUAUAGGCACACAACGCUGCCUAAUACUUUCGCUAUUCUGGAAUUUGUAUAUUUGCCAUACACUAGAAAGACAUUUAGUAUAAAAUAAGUGUUGGACUACAUGCUUGGUCCUUUUUAUGACGGAGGUUUCACUAUUUUGCUCAUUAAUUUGUUUCUAUCCAUCUGUUAUUCGUUUUAUUGUACAUUUUAUGAGUAAACAUGAAUGAAAUGAUAACAAUAAAAUUCUAUAUUAUA